UAUGGGUAUGUCCGGACCCCUGAAUCCCAAACAGGUUGCCUCCAACAUUGCCCUGCAGGCGGCCCAAGAUGCCAAGAAGGCUUCGGAUACCCAGCUGCCGGCAGCAGUGGCCGCCGCCCGCCAGGUGAAGCUCCAGCUGGCCGACAGAGCCGGAGCUGCUGCCUGGGCAGCCGAGGCAGCUCUGGCUGGGAAGCAGCAGAUGGUGGAACAGCUGAGGGCCGAGGUACGCGAGUCGGAGAUCGUUUUUCAGGAUGAAUCUGCCUCAGUGGGUGCAUCACAGAACAAUCUCAAUGCUGCCGUCUUCACAUCGACUCAGGCUAAUGAUUUAUUGCAGAAACUACAGGAUGCCGUUCGAAUUGCCCAGGAAACCGUGUCCUCCGCUGAUGCAGCUGUUUGUGGAGCCCAUCAGGAGGUGCAAGAGAAAAGCAAACUUGUGGAUGCUGCUCAACAUCGAGUUGAGUUGUUGGCCCAGCAAUUGCGUAAUGCCAAGUUGGACUAUGAGAACACCAAAAAGGCUGCCUUCAGGGCAUCCUGUGCGGCAGCCGAGGCCAGGCAAAAGGCAAUGCGGGAGCGACGAUCCUCGACACAGGAAAUUAGGACCUAUAGAGAUCAACAACCAACAACUCAUCAUCAGACACUUGUACAAGCGCCUUUGCGUAAGAUGAACUUCAAGCAGAUGCAACCCGAAGAAUGGGAAUACAUCCAACAGAACAAGUUUGCAGCUGAAUCCAAUCAAAAGCCUUUGAUGAAGCGUCGAACCUCGGGAAAUAAUAUGAAGGCUUAUAGGCAACCACAGCAAACUUAUCAUCAGACUCAAGAACAAACUCAAUUCCAAGAGUUCGAACAGAAGCAUCAACAAAUACAAGAGCAAUCUCAGUUCCCGGAGGUCAAUGUCAAGCCUCCUCAACAACAAUGGGAAUAUAAUGAGCAGGGUAAAGCCAUGUUUUCCAGUUAAAUUACAAGUUUCAUUUGAAGUUUAUUAUGUAAAAAAAUAUAGUAAAUAGGCCG